GCUGGUGAUGGAAGAUCAGAUAAAUGGACCCUUUGAACACUGAUUAUUUUUCUCCUGUGUGACUUAAAAAGAAGACAAGAAAAAUAGAGUAGUGCAAGACAAACUCGAGGAUUUUUUCCAAUUUCUCCUGGUGAACUUUGAAGAUCCAUAAAGAAGAAACUGAGUGAAGUGUUUACUGUCAUUAUCCCUAUUUGAUGAAGAGGAUACUGGGGCUCACAGAGAAUUAAUAUCAAGUUCAAGAUCAUCUAUUGUCAAGUAAUCAAGAGUGGAUGACCUGAAAGCUUAUACACCAGCUGGGACCAGCCUUUUAUUGAGGGGAAAACGUACAAAGCCAGAGCUGUGAGCAGAAAUGGUUCUCUGUGUUGCAAGUUUGCUUGAUCACCCCAUGAGAGUGGAGCCAAGUAAACUAGACUGUCCGAUACACUGAAUGUAUGGACUACUGAAAGAACAAGAUAACUGAUGUCGAGUAACAGUAUGGAAGCAUCCUGACUGCUUUGGAGUCUCCAUAAAUUGAGUGGAUUCAACUUUUGCAAACAGACAAAUGGUUCCAUGAACAAUUUGCUACAGAUUCCAAAGGAACAUCAUUGGCAGAAAUCUGGAGUACUUCUGUAGCUUUGGUUUGUCCCAAGAAAAUCAGGACCUGUUGGAGAAAUUUUGAUAAGGACCUGGAAAUUCCCAACAUCAUGACCAACAAAGAAAAAAAUAAUGCAUUUGGACUUUGAGAUCAUUGCCUAAGAUCAAGAAACUGAAUCUGAGGGAGAAAGUACUUACCCAGAGUCAUCUGCUAGUCAGUGAUGUCAACACUGGAACAAUGGAUUGGCAAACAACACAUUGCCUGUGUACAGCAUAGAGACCACAAUGGAGAGCUAGACUAUUUGAACUCCAGAAGGACCAACACCAGAUAAAUUAUGAAUGUUGAACAAGAUGACCUUACAUCCACAGCAGAUAAUGAUAGGUCCUAGGUUUAACAGGGCCCUAUUUGACCCCCUGCUUGUGGUGCUGCUGGCUCUUCAACUUCUCGUGGUGGCUGGUCUGGUGCGGGCUCAAACUUGCCCUUCAGUCUGCUCCUGCAGCAACCAGUUCAGCAAGGUGAUCUGCGUCCGCAAAAACCUGCGUGAGGUUCCAGAUGGCAUCUCUACCAAUACGCGGCUGCUGAACCUCCAUGAGAACCAAAUCCAGAUCAUCAAAGUGAACAGCUUCAAGCACUUGAGACACCUGGAAAUCUUACAGCUGAGUAGGAAUCACAUCAGAACCAUUGAAAUCGGAGCCUUCAAUGGUCUGGCAAACCUCAACACGCUAGAACUCUUUGACAAUCGUCUUACUACCAUCCCAAAUGGAGCUUUUGUAUAUUUGUCUAAACUGAAGGAGCUCUGGUUGCGAAACAACCCUAUUGAAAGCAUCCCUUCUUAUGCUUUUAACAGAAUCCCUUCUUUGCGCCGACUAGACUUAGGGGAGUUGAAAAGGCUUUCGUACAUCUCAGAAGGUGCCUUCGAAGGUCUGUCGAACUUGAGGUAUUUGAACCUUGCCAUGUGCAAUCUCCGGGAAAUCCCUAACCUCACACCACUCAUAAAGUUGGAUGAGCUGGAUCUUUCUGGGAAUCACUUAUCUGCGAUCAGACCUGGUUCUUUCCAGGGAUUGAUGCACCUUCAAAAACUGUGGAUGAUACAGUCCCAGAUUCAAGUGAUUGAGCGGAAUGCCUUUGAUAACCUUCAGUCACUCGUGGAGAUAAACCUGGCACACAACAAUCUAACAUUACUGCCUCACGACCUCUUCACACCCUUGCACCACCUAGAGCGGAUACACUUACAUCACAACCCGUGGAACUGUAACUGUGACAUCCUGUGGCUCAGUUGGUGGAUAAAAGACAUGGCACCCUCCAAUACGGCUUGUUGUGCCCGGUGUAACACUCCUCCCAAUCUGAAAGGGAGGUACAUUGGGGAGCUGGACCAGAAUUAUUUCACAUGCUAUGCUCCUGUGAUUGUGGAGCCCCCCGCUGACCUCAAUGUCACUGAAGGAAUGGCUGCUGAGCUGAAAUGCCGGGCUUCCACGUCCCUGACCUCUGUAUCCUGGAUUACUCCAAAUGGGACUGUCAUGACGCAUGGGGCAUACAAAGUGCGGAUAGCUGUGCUCAGCGAUGGCACGUUAAAUUUCACGAAUGUAACUGUGCAAGAUACAGGCAUGUACACGUGUAUGGUGAGUAAUUCUGUUGGAAAUACCACUGCUUCCGCCACCCUGAAUGUUACCGCAGCGACCACUACUCCCUUCUCUUACUUUUCAACAGUGACAGUAGAGACUAUGGAACCUUCUCAGGAUGAGGCACGGACCACAGAUAAUAAUGUGGGCCCUACACCAGUGAUCGACUGGGAGACCACCAAUGUGACCACCUCUCUUAUGCCACAGAGCACAAGGUCAACAGAAAAAACAUUCACCACCCCGGUGACUGAUAUAAACAGUGGGAUCCCAGGAAUUGAUGAGGUCAUGAAGACGACCAAAAUCAUCAUUGGCUGUUUCGUGGCCAUCACACUCAUGGCAGCUGUGAUGCUGGUCAUUUUCUACAAAAUGAGGAAGCAGCACCAUCGACAAAACCACCAUGCGCCAACAAGGACUGUUGAGAUCAUUAAUGUGGAUGAUGAGAUUACAGGAGACACGCCCAUGGAAAGUCACCUGCCCAUGCCUGCUAUUGAACAUGAGCACCUAAAUCACUAUAACUCUUACAAAUCUCCCUUCAACCACACAACAACAGUUAACACAAUAAAUUCAAUACACAGUUCAGUGCAUGAACCGUUAUUGAUUCGAAUGAACUCUAAAGACAAUGUACAAGAGACUCAAAUUUAAAACAUUUACAUAAUUACAGAAAAUAAUCAAAAAAAGACAGUUUAUUAAAAAUGACACGGAUGACUGGGCUAAAUCUACUGUUUCAAAAAAAGUGUCUUUACAAAAAAUCAAAAAAGAAAAGAAAUUUAUUUAUUAAAAAUUCUAUUGUGAUCUAAAGCAGACAAAUUAAUGUGUAUUCCUCAGAACCUGUUUUUGCUGCACUUACUUACUAUUUUCCCACAUCUCGUCCCUGCCUUCCCCAAUUGCCAUAUUUUUCAUAGGAGAUCUCAAUUCCUUAAAGAACUGGUAUAGGAAAUUUUGUAAGAAUUCUGUUACACUUUGAGAUUUUUAUGGUGAAUUCGUGGUGAGAUCGGUCUAUUUUGUCUUCCUUUCUCUAUUUUUUUUCCUUUUUUGCUUUUCUUCCUCCAUGCCCUUAUGAAGUAAUCCAAUGGGGAAUGCAAUAUUAGAAAUAGAUUUUUAGAGAGAAGGAGGAAAAAUGCAAGAUCUUAUAUUUUUCAUGUAAUGACCUGUUCUGUAUUUAUGAGGAGGACCAUUCUAUGGAAAGGGGGUAAAACGUAAGCAAACAACAGAUUAAUUUACAUAUGAGCAUCUAUAAAACCCAUGAUCUUUUAAACAACUCUAGAACCAGAAUUUGUAGUUUAAAAAAACUAAAAAUAAGAUUAUAAAUAAAAUAUUGUUGGUUUUUCUGUA